AUGUCCUCAUUCAUGGAUAAAAAUAGAAUCUGCAUAAGUAAUGAUAUCAUUCAGCUUGCCCAUGGAAAUGCAAAAUGCAACCAAAUUGGUAGCCGCGGUGGUGCUGGCGGCUACAUAUCUGGUAUCAUUAAGUUGACCCACCGUAUAACUGCUUUUGCUACGAUUGGCGGUCGAGGAAUUUAUAAUAUCACUGAUACCUAUACAACUUAUGACACUUCUAAAAUGAUUAGAGGAGGAUAUGGAGGAGGUGGUAGUGCAUUUAAUUAUUAUACUUCCAGUACUGAUCACGGGUCAGGAAGCUGCGGUGGUCAAACCGCUGUCAAAUUCCUGUCAAAUGACAUUUGGCAUCGUGUGAUUGUGAGCGGUGCAGGAGGUGGUUCUGACAAUAAGCUCACAUAUCCAGAUUUGAGAGAUGAUGGAUCAGGUGGUUCAGGAGGUGGCCUAACUGCACAAGGCUAUUGGAUCGAUGGCAUCCUGAACUCAGAUAAAGUUGCCAAUUCAACUUUUGGCUUCACUUUUGGAUCUGGCGAAUCAGCUCAAGAAAGUAGCUCGAAGAAUUCGGAUGGAGUUAGUGUAAGUUAUGGAGCUCCAGACCGGCCUGGCGCAGGUAGUGGCUGGUUCGGUGGAUUCGCUGGUCAUCAUGGAAAUGGUGGUGCUGGAGGAGGAAGCUCUUGGGCACUCUCACUUGACGCCUCUAUCCCGAAAGGAAACAUUUCUGCCAAAGGUAGUUUUUAUAACGAGAGCGAAAGUCAUCCUUAUGCAUUCAAUUUAAAUGAUGGAUAUAUCUUUAAAGAUGUCAUGUCAUUUCCUGGCGUAUGGGAAGGAAAUGGUAGACUCGUUAUUACUAUUCUUGAAUCACUUUUCUUUCAAUCAUGUAUUUGUAUUAUGCGAAAUCAUUUUUUAUAUGAACUUCUUUUUGCUAUAUUUAUUGGAUCUAGCUAA